AUGUUGCAGACUUCUGAUGAUAUUGUAACAGAUGUAGCAGAAUCUUUGAAUAAUUUAUGCGCUAAAUUACUGUUAAAUAAUUUAGUGGAAGCACAACAUGUUAGAAAUGUAAGUUCAACAACAUCUUUGGAUCAACAAAGUAACAGCUCAAGUUUGGAAUCUAUUUCAUCGCCUAUUCUAGAUAGCAAUCAGGCAUUGUCUACAUCAUGCUCUGAAGAUUCUUUUGAAUUGUCAAGUGCAACUUCUAAAUUGACUACUGAAGAUGCAUCACAGUUAUCAUGUCAAGAUUUGAAUAUUACAUCAAAUGUGAAAAAUUCAGAAGAAACUGUGCAGUUAUUGGAACCAGUAUUGGAUUAUUCAAAACAAUAUGCUUCUGAAUAUAACAAUUCAGAUCAAUUAUCUGUUGAUAGUUUUGCUGUAAUAAGAAAUUCUCCAUUACAAAAUAUGAAUGUAGAAAUAAAUCUAGCAAAUUGUCAGCAUAAUACUUUUGAUAGUUUAAGGAUUAAAGAAAAUGAAACUUCUCUAAAUGCAAAAUUAAAUUUGUAUGAUGCAAAGUUAAUCGAAUCAUGGCCAAAACGUCAUGGUACACCGUCAACUUCAAAAUCUGCAAAUUGUUACAUGAACACUACUAGUGAGAAACGAGAUAAAGCAUCAUUACGAGAAUAUAUCGAUAAAGAAUUGGAUAAUUUGGAUACAUGUUUACCACAAUUGGAUUUUAACAAAUUAGAAGAAAAGUUGAAUUGUGCAGCAGAAGAAAGAUUAGUAACGGAAAGAAAACUACUUGGUGAACAGGUACGUCGACGUUUAGCACUUCAAGUAGAUCAAUAUACAGCUGGACCAGUUCCACGGGUUUAUACCAGGCCAUCAAAGUCAAAUCUUGGUUUUCGUUUGCAGACAGCUAUGAAUUUACAAGUAUGUUAUAUCAGUGAUUUGAAAGAUGAAGAUGAAAGAGAGGAAGAAGAAAGCUCUGAUGAUGAUUGCUUUGUACCUAAGUCAAAAUCAGCUCCAAACUUACGCAGUUCUGUGAUUGAUGGUUCAAAUUUGAAUGCUUCACAAUUACGUCAAGCUAUUUCGGUCAUAAAUAAGGAAGAAAAGCGACAAGUGUUGGAAGAAGAAACAAAAUUGAUGCUAGCUAAGGCGAAACAAGCUGCAAAAAUGCAAAUGGAAAUUGAAAAAUUAAAUACGGAUCGAUUUAUUACCACGAUUCCACCCAAAACUUCUAGACUGCAAUUAUCUAAAAUGACUCGCCGGCAACUUAUUGAAAUGAGUGAACAACUUAUCAAAUGUAUUGAUGAAGAAAAUGCGGAGCUGAUGAGGUUGCUAGUAGAAAAAGAUUCGUUACAUAUGCAGCAGGACUCUAUGCUCGUGGAUAUCGAAGAUUUGAUGCAGUGA